GAGACGUUGGCCAUUUUGCGAGCAAGCGUCGCUAUUACUGUUGCAGACGCAGCAUCCCCCAUCCCCCCCAGCCGCGUCUUCUCUGCCCUCCAGGUUUUGCCGUUUGUUUUCAUUUUUCCUUACAUUUUCUCUACUGCUGAACUUGAGAAAAUUCGGGCAAACCCAGCCGCGGCCUUUCCCCCCCCGAGCAGCGCCCAUCCACAGAAGCGCAUGUCCGCUUUCCAGAAUCUCCAAUCCUUCGACCCGUUUGCUGAUGCAACUAAGGGCGACGACUUACUCCCGUCAGGGACUGAAGACUAUAUCCAUAUAAGGAUCCAGCAGCGAAACGGCAGAAAGACAUUAACGACUGUUCAGGGAAUUGCUGAUGACUAUGACAAAAAGAAGCUUGUGAAAGCAUUCAAAAAGAAAUUUGCUUGUAAUGGUACUGUGAUUGAACAUCCUGAAUACGGGGAAGUUAUCCAGUUACAGGGUGACCAGAGGAAGAACAUUUGCCAAUUCCUUUUAGAGGUUGGCAUUGUUAAGGAGGAACAACUGAAAGUUCACGGCUUCUGAAAUGUGUAUACUUACCUAAAGAAUUCUAUAGGUUUUAUUUUAUCAAGUGAGCUACUCUGUGAAAUAUGAUUCUUUAUAGUAAAUGGUCUUCCCAUUCAAAUUUUGAUUUGCUUUUGCAUGAUUACAGAAAAGGUAUGGAUUGCAGAUUAGAAACACAUAAGAUUGCAGCAAGAUGGUAACAAGAAGUGCUUAAGAAUGUUAAGCAUUUCCAAUGGAAAUGUUUUAUUGCUGAUAGUUCAGUGUAUUUAUUCAUCUGAUUUAAAUGUAUUAAAACCAUGUGUGUUGCAGCUUAAAUAAACUCUCUUUA